AUGAUUGCCCGAAAUCUUCUGCAAAAGCUAUGCAGCAACUCGGCGAAACGUAAUGGUAUUGAGCCAAAUGAUGUGCAAGACACGUAUGCGGAAAUUGAUCAUUGGAGGAACCAUGCUUGUGCUCCACAUUUGCGGAGACAUGAAGAAAGCCCAGGAAUACUGCCAUCAUGUAAUCUCAUCGAGGUUCACUCCAAUGAGAUGCAGAUAAACACUCGGUUUGACCGUGCUGCAUUAUGGGCAUUAAAGAUUAACUGUUUGAUGCAUGUUGAGAGCUCUGUCUCUGACUUUGGCCUCAAUCACAAUGAUCAUUUGCGAGCAGAAAUGACUACUGCACGUGUGGAGUAUGAGAUUCUGCGUGCUUUGAAUGACAUGAUCGCGAUAUGUCGCUGGACUGAUAUGCACGUCGCUCGCGAGGUAGACGGCAAGCAGCACUCUCUGAUUGAUCUUGAGCCACUGGCGUUACGCAAUGUGGGUGCUAGUCUAUGCUUUGGACAUGUCAGCGCGGCAUCGAGACUUGUCGCCGUGGUUCAUCCGGCGCAGUGCAAUAUUCCAAUACUCAAGCGCUUACUCACAGAUAUUCGGAUCAAAAAAAUUAGUGGGAAACCCCUUAUUUACGCUUAUAUCAAAAACGCACAGGUCUUACGAGAUGCAGCUGCAAUUGCAACAUCGCACAGGGAUCCGGCGGAUGUUCUGAAGCGCCUUGACAAAGAAAUCGCCUUGCUCAAAGCGGACUUGGAUAAUGCUCCAGGAGCGAAGUGA